GGAAAGGGUGCACAUGCACUUCCCGUUACACGCUGUUGAGCUUCCAUGUUGAGUCCACGGAAGCCAUGGAAACGAUGGAAAUUAAGCUGGUUCAUUGUGCAGUUCCUUGCCGAGCGAUCAGCUUCGGCUGCGCAGUGUGACUACAGUCUGGUGGAAAUUUCUGAAGAAUGCCCAUCAGCGUAUGGCUUUGAUUGGCAGCUUUAUCAUGAACAACUUUAUUUGGCGAGGUCAGCUGUCUUCUCGGGUGACCGGCAGCAGUCCCAAAGUGCCGUGCUCCAGUUGCUGGAUGCGGUGACCAGGCGCUUCUGGUUCGCCUUUGAGUGCCCACUCGCAGUGGCCUCCACGUAUUUUUCUCUGGCACAAAACUUUGCCUUCCAGGGGCGGCUACGUCGAGCACUGGCUUUCAUUCACAUGGGCUUCAUCUUCAUCAGAGACAAAGGUUUCAACGAAUGCACGCCGUGGCCAGUGCAGGGCUGGGACAUGCUCCUGGCCGGUCGAAAUCUGGUGGCGAAAGUGAGGGAAUUGGACGAUGAAUCCGUGGUGCCGACGCCGCCAGAGUUCCGCCUGCCGAAGCACCGCGUGGCCAUCGCGUCCAUCUGCGCCUACGGAGAAACGGAGCCCGUGCGACUCAUUGGCUGCGAGAACCAUCGGACAAUGGCGCGAGAUGGGAUGGUGCGGAAAUAUGACGAGAUCAUUCUGCGCUAUGCCAAUGUUCAACCUUUCAUCCCUCGCGUCGAUGACAUCGUGCCAAAGAACAUCUGGGAACGACAAAUGCAACGAGCCAGAGAGCUGUUACGUUCCAUCCAAGUCUGUGACGAAGAAGGCCGUCGGCAAGAUCUUCACCGCAUCGUUCGUCGACUUUGCCCAUUCGAGGUCGAUGAGCAUGCUCGUUUUCGUCCGAUGUUACCUGAUCCCGCUGAUGACUGUACAGAUAGUGAAUGGAUCAAUGCCAAUCUUCUUUUCUUGCAAUUAGUAUGGACUUGA